AUGCGGUCAGCUCCCCCCCGCCCCCACCGCCCUUCCCGCUCUUCCCCCCUCUCUGGCCACACAGGUAUCGCUCUCUCCUUCCUGUGCCUCGCGUCUCACCCUCCUACUGCUCCAACGGCUCCCAUUCCCCACUCCACAGCUCCCAUUCCCCAUUCCAGUGCUCCCAUUCCCCACUCCACAGCUCCCAUUCCCCAUUCCAGUGCUCUCGUUCCCCACUCCACUGCUCCCAUUCCCCAUUCCAGUGCUGUCGUUCCCCACUCCACUGCUCCACACUCCCCAUCCCAUUGUUCCCCAAUCUCCAACUCCCUGCUACCCAUUCCCCACCCCCCUGCUCCUUUUUCCCCACCCCUCUGCUCCGCGUUCGCCCCUCCCCAUUACACUGCUCCGCAUUCUCAAAUCCAUUGCUCCCAUCCCCCAAUCUACUGUUCUCAUUCCCCAUUCCACUGCUCCCAUUCCCCACUCUACUGCUCCCAUCCCCUAUUCCUCUGCUCCGAAUUCCCUGGCCUUCCCCUGUUUCGAACCACGCAGGACCGAAUUUCAUCUCACCCUCUGUUUCUCUCAACCGUUGCUCUCACCCUCUGCUACACUCACUCUGCUUUUCUCACUGCGGUUGCUCUCGACCUCUGCUACACUCACUCUGCUUUUCUCACUGCUGUUGCUCUCACCCUCUGCGACCUGUUGUUGUGUUGGCAGGCCUUAUUUGGGACAACGUUGUUUGAUCUCCAGAUGUCGCAUCAGCCAGCCAGUUGGGAUGAGAUCAGGGCAGUGAUGAAUUACCGGCCUGCCCGCACUGCCCGGUACAUAGCAGGCUUUACUGCUGCUCUGGCAGUGAUGGCUGCUGGCCGUGCUGUCCUGCUGGAAGCAACGCCUGGCAUAGCUGCAAAGGUGCAGGCCAGGAAUAGAGCUAUAAUGGAGGAUGUUAACUUUAGACUAGGCCCCAAGGACAUCCCUGUGAUAGCUCGGGCAGCUGGUCGCCUCACUGGACGGGCCAUGGGAUUCGUUCAAGCUGCCCGAACCAAAUUCAGCUCCUUCGCCGACCAGACACAACUGUCGGAGUUGCAGCAGGAGGUGCAGCAGGCAAUGGCACAGCUGCAGGCCAUCCGACACCAGCUGAACUCGGGAGUCAGAAUGCUGAAUUCAGGUUGUCUGACUGCAGUUGCAACAGGAGAUGCAGCAGGCAACGGCACAGCUGCACUGUUAAACUGA